AUGUCAAUAUCAAAUCUCGAUAAAUUAGUGCCGACUAAAUAUGGUUGGCACGUGCGUUUUGAUAAACAAUUUGAUCCAACAUGGAAACCAUUUUCACGACCAAAACUAAGACAGGCAAUUGAAUAUGUACCAUUAUUUAUGAGAUAUCUUCGAGUAUGGUAUAAAUUAAAAAGAGCAAAACGACGAGCACAUAUGGAUUUUCUUAAUCCAGUUCCACUUCAACAAAUCUAUGGCGCACCUAUUGGUGGUGUAGGUUGUGGAACAAUUGGUCGAGGUUUUCGUGGAGAAUUUUGUCGUUAUCAACUUGUACCCGGUCUCUAUGAAUUUAAUACUGUCGAUGCAAAUACUUUUACUGUUUGUAUUCGUCGUCGAAAUACAACAACCUAUUGUCAAGUAUUAACACCAUAUCGAUUAAGAAAAAAAGGUUUACGUUCAUGGAAUUGUGCAUUUCCAAGAGAAAAUGGUCAUUAUCAAGCUUUAUAUCCUCAAUCAUGGACAACAUAUGAUUUACCCAAUCAAAAUAUUCGAUUACUAUGCAAACAACUUUCACCUAUUAUUCCACACAAUUAUAAAGAUUCAUCUCUACCAGUUGCUUCUUUUCUUUGGUAUAUUGAAAAUUUAAAUGAUGAACCUGUUGAAGUUAGUCUGAUGUUUACAUGGCAAGCUGGUUCAGCUUCUCAUGAAUUUUCAUGUCGAGAUGUAUCACAUGAAUCUGUUGAUGUUACUGAUGAUGAAAUAUCAGCUAGUGGGAUAUCAAUCAAACAAACGUUACGUGGUAUGAAACUUGAAUAUUGUAUCAUGGGAAAAAAACAGUCAGACAAUACAAUUACAACACGAACAAAUUUUAAUAUUUGUUCGACUACAGAUGGACGUGAUGUUUGGCUUGAUCUAACUGAUGAUGGUCGAUUAACAGAACCGCAAAAUACUCGAUCAACAGCCGUUCAUACAGCUAGUUGUGUAUGUAUAACAACUACUGUUGAACCAAAUUCUAUAAAGACAUCUGAAUUUGUUCUUGCUUGGCAUAUGCCUGUAAUUAACUUCGGUCUUGGACAAAGACAAUAUCGAAGAUGGUAUACAAAAUUUUUUGAUAUAGAAACACUUACUGGAUCAACUCUAUGCGUAUAUACAAUGAAGAAUCGAACACAAUGGGAAGAAGAUAUUGCAAAAUGGCAACAACCAAUUUUAGAUGAUCAAUCAUUACCGGAAUGGUAUAAAAGUGCUUUAUUUAACGAGUCUUAUUUUAUUGCUGAUGGUGGUACUAUUUGGCUUGAUGUAAAUGAAGAUACUACAUUGCCUGAUCAUGUUAGACAAUGGGGUCGAUUUGGUUAUUUAGAAGGUCAUGAGUAUCGAAUGAUAAAUACAUAUGAUGUUCAUUUUUAUGCAUCAUUUGCUUUAAUUCAAUUAUGGCCUCAAUUAGAAUUAAGUAUUCAAUAUGAUUUUGCUAGUUCAGUAGCUUAUGAAAAACGUGAAACUCGUACUUAUUUAUUUCAUGGUCGAGCAGCUCAUUGGAAAACAUUACAUACUGUUCCGCAUGAUCUUGGUGAUCCUGAUGAAGAACCAUGGUUAUUAAUUAAUGCUUAUAUUUCUCAUGAUACAGCUGAUUGGAAAGAUUUAGGUUUAAAAUAUUUACUUCAAGUAUAUCGAGAUUAUGUUUAUACUCAAAAUAAACAAUUUCUUAUUGAUGUAUGGCCAACAGUAAAAAUGGUUACUGAUCGUGUUAAAAAACAAGAUACUGAUGGUGAUGGUCUUGUUGAUAAUGGUGGUUUUGCUGAUCAAACAUAUGAUGCAUGGACAGCAACUGGAGCCAGUGCAUAUUGUGGUAAUCUUCAUAUUGCUGCUCUUCGUGCUUGUGUUGAAAUGGCACGAAUGAUGGAUGAUACAAAUGCUUUAGAUGAAUAUGACGUAUGGCUUAAAUUAGCUAAAACAUCAUAUUCAGAGAAAUUAUGGAAUGGAACAUAUUAUAAUUAUGAUUCAAGUUUAUCACGUCAUCAUGAUUGUAUUAUGUCGGAUCAAUUAGCUGGUUUUUGGUAUUUACGCUUAUCUGGUCAUAAAUAUGACGAUUUUGAAAAAGAUCGUGUUGAUAGUGUACUUAAUACAAUAUUUAAUAUGAAUGUUAUGACAUUUGGUCAAGGAAAACUUGGUGCUGUUAAUGGAAUGACUAGUUUAGGACAAUUAGAAGUUGUUAGUAUGCAAUCGGAAGAAAUAUGGACUGGAGUUACAUAUGGAUUAUCAUCGACGAUGAUUAUGGAGGAUUUGAAAACCCAAGCAUUUGUUACAUCUGAAGGAAUUUAUAAUACAUGCUACAAUGUAGCUGGUUUGGCAUUUCAAACACCUGAAGCAUUGAUGCGUGAUGGUCACUUUCGAUCUUGUGGAUAUAUGCGUGCAUUAUCUAUUUGGGCAAUUCAAAAGGCACUCGAAUUAUCACGUUUAGAAUCAAAUACUGACAAAUGUCAUAAUACAUUAUCAAAAGCCAUCAGUAUUGAUGAAAAAAAAAAAAAAAUGAAGACACUACGUGAUACGAAUAAUAAUUAUAGUAAUACAAUAGGUAAUACAACUCAACAAAAUUUUUCUUCAUCUAUUUUAUCAACAAAUACUCGACAAAAUUCAAUGCUAUCAAAUACAUCAUUACAUUCUAAUUCGACAAUAACAGAUUCCGAUGCUAAUACUUAUCCUUCAUUAUUAACACAAAACCAUCUUCAACAACAAACAAUCUGUCGUACUAAUCAGGAUCAACUAUCAUCUAAUUAUAAUACUCAACAAACAACAUCUAAUUCAAAAUUUACUACACAAAAUAACAACAGCAUAAAUUCAAAUUCUCUUCAAUCACCAUCCAAUCCAUUUACUUCUACGUUCAAUGGUGGCGAUACAAACCAAUUAUCAUCUAUGUUUCAAACGUAUUUAAGUAAAUUUGGUAACAAUCAAGUGUUUCAAUCAGAUGCAAUGAAUUCACUAUUCUAUUUACAAUUAAUGAACGCUCAUACAAUGUUUAUGCAACAAUUACUAACUAAUCAACAUAAUACUUUUUCAACAGAUUAUGAUUCCAUUAAACAUAAUCAAUGUUCAACUCUUCUGUAUAAUCAAUCAAUACCAAUAUCAAAUAUUGAUUUACCAAAAGAUAUAAUAAAUUCAGGAAAAAAUUCUCAAAUAUUACAAACUGAUUCAAAUAUAUUUGUACCUAAAACACGUCCUAUGACACAAGAUGAAAUAGCUGAGCAUGCACGACUAGUGUAUCAAAGAGCUUUACAACGAAAUCAAUUACAACAACAUAAUGAUCUUAUGAAACAUUUUUAUGAUACAUUAAAUAUUAAACAAUACGAUUCUUCAACGAAUAAUAUCAUAAAAUUAGUCAAUAAUAAUGACGUACCAAGUGUACCUAAUGUUGGUAAUAUCGCAACGAAUGGCACAUUCGAUGUAUUUGAUACAAUGAUUGCAUCACCAUCAUCUUGCCUUUCAAAUAAAGAACCUAGUAUAAAUGCAGCUCUAUCAUCAUUAUCACUUGUUUCAGCUGAUGAUGUUAAAAUGAUGAAUAAUAUUGGUUCCAUACUUGAUCCAAGCGCACCAGUGUUUAUUCCACGUGAAAGUCGAUCCAAACUUCAUGACGAAGAUAAUGACACAUCCUGUUCAUCAUCAGAUUCUGAUUUUAAUGAUUUUCAUUAUCUUGAUCAAUUUCUUGAAGAAUUUUAUAAUUCAGAUAAUGAAAAUGAUAGUCAUUUAAUUACUCAAAAAGCUUCAUCAUCUGACACAACGAAUAUUGGUGAUGAAUCUUCAAAUAAUAACAAUAACAAUAAUAAUAAUAACAAGCAUAAUAUCAAUAGUAAUAUACUUGGUCAAGGCGAUACUAUUCAACAAUUAACUCGUGAAACGACUAAUGAAACUCUCGCACAAUCUUUAUCAACAACCAUUGAAAAAUCAGAAUAUCAAUAUUCAAUUUAUGAAUUACUUAAUCGAUAUCGUAAUCCUCGUUGUCAUUUGGUUCUACCUGAAUGGUCACGUUUAUCAUUAAUUCUUCCUAAUGUAUGUUCUAUGCGUGCUCAUACAUACAAAAUUAAACGAUAUUUUGCUUAUCGUCGUCGAUUAUAUGAAAAUCAAGAUUUUAAUAAAGAUUUUAAUGUGUCAACAACAACAAAUAUCUCUAUUCAAGGAUAA